AUGCCCCCUAGCUGGAUUGCGAUAAUGCCCGUGGCGGGACUCUUUCCCUGGCUUUCGAGCGGUUCGGCACCAGCGCAGGUGCUGUCGGUUUGGCCCAAUCUCGUAGCCGAGGCGCAACGCUGGUGGUGUAGCUCAGGCAGCUGGGCCGUCAUAGGGAAGGCGACGGCUUCUGGAGAGCGCAAUGGUGCUGUUGGGGCGGUCGCAGCGGCUCGUAACGCGUCGCGCGUGCGCCGUCAAUCUGCCUCCCCGACUGUGCCGCGUGGACCAGCGGCGAGGCAGCCGGCGUGGCUGAGCGAUUUUGCGCCGAAGCCAUCCGGCUCGAGUACCGCCCCGUCAAGCAUCGCAGGAAAAGCGAGUCGGAUCGACCGGGAUUGA